CCCCCACACCUCUCUCUAGCGCUCUCUCUCUCUCUCUGUUUUUUCCUUGGGAUCUCCUGUUUGGCUGCCGGGAAAAUUUGAUGUUUUCUCUCUGAAUCUUUCUGCGAAAUUUGUCGGCGAUGUGUGAAAUAUUGUACGUGCGUUUCUUCGACUUUGAUUUUGGCUUCUUCGUCAGAAAUGUUUGAUUGGGACGAGGAGGAGCUAGCAAAUAUAAUAUGGGAUGAGGCUGCUGAGAAUGGUGACCAUAUUGUUCCUUAUCCUGCGGGAAGUGAAGAUUGUCACAAUAAGAAGGAAUGGAAACAAGAAGCCAAUAUAAAUAAGCUUACUGAGCAGAACAAUGCUAAAGUCGAUUCACUUGGAGAAAAGGUGGAAAGCAGUACCAACUUGGUCAACCAUGAUAAAAGUUCUGAUUCAAGAAUGGGGGUGGAGUCAUGGCCCUUAUCUAAUAGUGAAAGGGACUCUAUGGUUACCAAAGUAUCUAAUGGCUUAAGUGACAUUACGAAAUUUGACUCAUCAACAGGGGCAGAUCAGCUUGAUAAAGAUGCUGAAAUAUAUCCAAGUUCCCACGAAGGCAAAGAACAAGGUGAUUUUGACUAUGGCUGGGCUAACAUUGGAAGUUUCGACGAUUUUGAGCGUAUAUUCAGCAACGAUGAUGCUGUAUUUGGUCAAGCAAGUCUGGGUAAUGCUGAUGAGCUUUGGUGUUCAUCCAAAGAUGUUACUAACAGCCCAGACAAAUCCUUCCCCAUUUCUUCUGAGUUGCUCAGUCUGAGCCCAAAAACUGUAAGUAAUACAACUAAGCAGUUGGAAAUAAAGACAGAAGUUUUGCAAGAAGAUGACCUGUGUAGCCUCCGCUAUGGGGAAACAGAUGAUUCUACAUCUCACACUCUGCACCCUGUUAAUGUGAUUGUGGAGCAUGCAGAAGACGCAGCAGGAAAAAGUGAGCCUAUUGCAAAGGAGAAGAUAGAUUUGGACAGAGUGGUGAAGACAACCUUAGCAAUCUCUAAUUCAGCUAUUGAAAAUGCUUCCGCCCAAAAUGAAACUGCUGAGAAGGUGACUAGACAAAAGAAACUAUUGAAAUCUCGUAAAAGGUUGGAUGUUAAAAGUGAGGGUAAACAGUUACAAGAAUUAUAUGGUGCCUGGCCUUCGCCAAGAAACCAUUCUGGUCAACUAAAAAAUUGUAUGCAACACCCUGCGGUUCAACCAUCUCCCUCUACAGUUCAGCAGAUGCAACUUCAAUGUCCUGAAAUUUUUCAAUACCAGCAUAUUCCAAAUCAAUUUGUGGCGCAUCCUAUGUAUGGAAAUCUGACAAAUCCAUUUCCUGCCAUGCCUUUGCUAUCGCAUAUUCAGCCUGGGAAGUAUAAGCAGCAGCCUUUGCUUUCUAGCCGUGAUGUUUCAUCAGCUUACAGCAAUCCUGUAAACAAUUCGGCAGAAACUCCUGUGAAAACUACAAUCAUGACCCCUCAGGAAAAAAUUGAGAAGUUAAGGCGACGACAACAACUUCAGGCAAUGCUUGCUAUUCAGAAACAGCAGCAACAACUUAGCCAACAAAUCUCUUCUACCAAUCAUUCCACCACUCAAACUUGUCCUCAGCAAACUAAAAUUCAGCAAUUUGGGGGAAGUGAUAUUCGACUUGAAGAUUUGAGCACUUUCCCUUCUUUGGAACCUAUUUCUCCUAUGGAAGAAGAUGAUUCAAAUUCUAUUUCUGCAGCUAUCGAUGAUUACUCUGUCGAGGAAUCAAUACUUCACAGGCUUCAAGAUGUGAUCACAAAGUUGGAUAUGACAGUGAGACUAUGUAUACGAGAUAGCUUAUUCCGUCUGGCUCAAAGUGCAAUGGAAAGGCACUAUCCCAGUAGUACCAACAAAAGUAGCAAGAAUGAACGUGAAACACUUGCAGUGGACGGAACCAAUACCUCUAACAGGUUGGGUCUUACUGAAACAGAGACGAAUCCCAUGGAUAGAACUGUUGCCCAUUUGCUCUUUCAUACACCGUCGGAGUUUUCAGGACAAACCGAGCCAUCCGAAUCAACUUUUUCAGCUAAGCCACCAUGUGAAACUAGAAGAGAAGCAACUGCUGCAAAUGUGCCAGAGACUUUGAGAAGUAACAAACAGUGUUUUGGUCAGCAAGAAACUAAAGUUUGUUCAAGUUUGGUCGAGCCGGAACCACACAAAGACAGUUCUCACAUGGACACUUCCGAAAAUACUUCACUCAGUGAACAACUCACAGAUGGUGGAAUUGUUCCAUCCAUUGAGUCCUCCUAUUAAAGAAAAACAUUUCCAUUGUUUAUAAGGUUGAUGGAGCUAAAUGAUAGAAGACUAACAGUGGAUCGAUAUAAAUAUGCACAUGUACGUUAGCAUGCACUACAAGACAAAACCCUUUCCUGGCGGAUCAAAACUGCGGUACUAAUGAUCGUCGAGAUAAGGUGGUGAUGUUUAUAAAGAGAAAAAGAAAUCAGUAUGGCUACUACUACUACUACUGUCUAUUGUCCUGAGAAUGUACUAAGUCUGUUUUCUUGGCAAUUAUCAGACGCCCAAGUAUUUUGUGAUGUUUUCUGUGUUUGUGACCAAUGAUGUAAAGCUUUAACGCCACGUAUUAAGUCUUGAUACUUAAAUUACGACUACCAUAUUUUGGUAUGCUUGUGGAUUCAGUUUAAGCUAAAGCAGAAAUAUAUUGUACACAAAUGUGGACUCUCAACUUUCUUUUUUUGGUA